AUGGAGAAUGGUUUUCGGUUGACGAUUCGCCAGCGACAGUUCUUUGCAGCUGUUCCAAAUUGAUUGUUGUAUUGUUGCUGCUUACGUUUCAAGUUUCAACUAUUUAUAAUGUUUAAAGUUUUUUACCCAAAUUUAUAGACAUCGUAUUAAAUCUAAUCCGAAUAUUUUACAAGAACUAAAGGACAAAAGAAUUUCCGUGACGUAACUAGAUUUUCUUGUGAAACGCGUCCAAAUAACUGUACAUACUACAUGUGUAAACUGUAAACGAAGGUCGUUUUGGCCGAUGGUUUUUACAUUGGUGUAAUUGCGUAACGGGACGCAGACGUGGACGAAAUGUGGGAAGUGGAUUCUGACUCAGGAUCACAAAGCGCCUCGUCGGACGGGAUUCGACGGCGUCAAGGAUGGGAUCCAGAGGGCGAGAGUCUGGCUUCCCAAAUCGACGAACUCGACGAGGUCCUCGCCGAGGAGGAGGAAGGAUGUCCGUUGCCUUCCACGCCCGAGGACCAACAUCUGCUCGACGCGGAAAUGGCGGAGGUGUUGAAAGCUGGCGUGCUUUCCGACGAGAUUGACCUAGGAGCUUUAGCUCACAACGCUGCGGAGCAAGCUGAGGAGUUCGUGCGUAAAGUAUGGGAGGCUUCAUGGAACGUGUGCCAUUUCAGGCACUUGCCGCGGUGGCUGCAAGACAAUGACUACCUGCACAAAGGUCACAGACCUCCGCUCCCAUCUUUCAGUGCGUGCUUCGGCUCAAUUUUCCGAAUUCACACAGAAACAGGUAACAUCUGGACGCAUUUGCUUGGCUGCGUCGCGUUCAUCGGAGUUGCGAUCUAUUUUCUCACGCGCCCCUCCAUCGAAAUACAAAUGCAGGAAAAGAUGAUCUUCGGAGUAUUCUUCGUCGGCGCGAUCGUGUGUCUCGGCUUCUCGUUCGCUUACCACACGCUGUACUGUCACUCUGAAAUGGUUGGCAAACUAUUCUCAAAACUGGACUACUGCGGUAUAGCUCUACUCAUUAUGGGGUCAUUUGUUCCUUGGCUGUAUUACAGUUUUUACUGCCACUAUAGACCUAAAAUUAUAUACCUAUCUGUAGUGAUUGUGCUAGGUAUAUUAUCAAUAAUAGUAUCACUUUGGGAUAGAUUCUCAGAGCCCCGCCUCCGUCCUUUACGUGCUGGAGUGUUCAUGGGUUUUGGCCUGUCUGGUGUAGUGCCUGCAAUUCAUUAUGGCAUUACUGAGGGCUGGUUUGAUCAGGUGAGCAAGGCGUCUCUGGGUUGGCUAGUAUUAAUGGGUCUACUGUACAUUUUAGGUGCAAUGUUCUAUGCACUUAGGGUACCAGAGCGCUGGUUCCCUGGUAAAUGUGACAUUUGGUUCCAAUCUCACCAAAUAUUCCAUGUUUUAGUGAUUGUAGCUGCGUUUGUCCAUUACCAUGGUAUCAGUGAGUUGGCAUCAUACAGAGUCACUGUUGGGGAGUGUUCAAUGCCACCAUCUUCUAUUGCAUUCUAGCCUCGCCCCCUACCAAUUGUGAUAGUAGACCAUAGAUGAUAAUCUUAAGUAGGAUACAAACAUUAAAAUAGUUUUGUUGUAUAUUUUUUUAACAUAAAAAUCUGACACAAUUUUCUAAGUUUUUUACAAAACCCAUAUGCAGUGAGGCUGUUAAUAAUGUUUGCGAGUAAUAAAAAUGAAAACUUGUUAUUUCCAAUAGGGGGUUUCUAGAUGAAUUAAACUAUUUAUGAUUAUUGUUUUCUUUAUUUAUUAUAGAUUUAUAUCAUGUC